CCAAUUCUAUAAUGAAGAGCAGAGAUGGAAAAGAAAGCCCUUGUGUCUCAGUUUAAUUUGCACAACAUAUGUUUUCUCAACUUUACAAAUCCAGUAAGUGUCUUAUCUUGUCAGGACGGGGAUUUUUUGAUUUACUUUUGCCUAAGCUGAAUGUAUUUUGCAUGAAGGCAGCAGUGAAUCGAUAAGCACUGCUCAUGUAAUGAAUGUUAUUGAUCUCAGACACUUUCAACCUGCAGAAUAUUAUAUGUGUAUGUGUGUGUCAAAGAUAAUCAAUAUAAUCUCUCUCUCCUCUGAAUGCAGGGACCAAACAUUCUUAGUUUAGAGACACAAUGUUGUGUGUUUAAUCAACUGUUCUGUGGUGUUUAAGGCAGAAGUCACUAUUACUAUUGGGCAUAUUUAUUUGUCCAGAUCUCUAACACUGUUCAGUGCGUGAUAUACGAGUGUUUGAGAGAGGAUCUAAACAAGCAGCUGUUCCCCUGUGCAGUUGUUUUAGGACAGCAGACUCAAUCCAGCUUCUCUUCACACGCAAGCCUUCAGCAGAAGCAUGAAUAAUACCACUGACUGUGCGUCACUCCUUCAGUGCUUCACUCCGUUCAUCUCUCCGCUCAGCAUCCAUCCAUCCAUCCGUCGUCCUCCAGCAGCACCAUGGACAGCACAGUUUCAGCCUACUCUGAGAAGCUGAGAGAGAUGUCAGUGUUGUCUCUCCUCUGUUCCUGUUUGUAUUCCCAGCCACAUCCCAACAUCUUCGGUCAGUUUGAAGAUAUGGAGGUGAAGUCGCUGGAUAAGCGAGCUUCUGGCCAAGCAUUUGAGGUCAUCUUGAAGAGUCCAACUGACCUGUCUCCAGAGAGACCCCAGACUCUGGCACUGCCUCCCCAGAAGAAGGAGCCUUCCCUGGGGGAACUUCAGAAGAGGCUGGAGGCCGCCGAGGAGAGACGGAAGUCUCAGGAGAAGCAGGUGCUGAAGCAGUUGGCGGAUAAACGGGAGCGUGAGAAAGAGGUGCUCACCAAGGCCCAGGAGGUCAACAACAACUACAGCAAGAUGACCGAGGAGAAACUCCACCACAAAAUGGAGCUGAUUCAAGAAAACCGCAUGGCCCGUCUUAAUGCUCUCAAACAGCGUCUGAGAGAGAAGGAGCUUCAUGCUGCAGAAGUCCGUAAGAAUAAGGAACUUCACACUGAGCUCUCUGGCUAAGGACACUCUUUGACGCCAGAGCUGUGAGACGUCCAAUCACGGCUGCAUUUGGAUAAUAUCUCAUUCUCUGGCCACAGUCUUAAGAGGUCAUAUCAUACUCACCUUAUCGGUUUUCCUUUCCAAUAAAUGUCUGAGCAUAUAACAGCAUCCCACAUACACUUGUGUGGACAAAAGUAUGUGAGCACCCAAACACCACACCCACACAUGCUUGUUGAUUGUUUAAUUUCCAAUGCAUGGGCAUUAACAGGCAGUUUGUUCUUCAUAAAAUGUCUAGUUCUUCCGGGAGUCAUUAUUCCAGUUCAUCCCAAAGGUAUUCCGGUCUGGACUUUGUGAAGGCCAGUCAAAAUCUUUCACAUUUCUUGAUGGACUUUGACUUGUGUGGUGUUCCUGGAUCAACAUCUUCUGUUGAUCCUAGAACAAGAAGUCUUUUCCCUAUCCCUAAAACCAAUUUUUUAUUAAAAAGUAUGACUAAAACCUGAGAGAAGUUGGAAUGUUGCUUAGGCUCCAGUCCUGAGCCAAACCCUAUAACAAGUACUUAGAAUUUCUGAAACUGAAAAAAAUCGUCCAAAGCUGUUGAACAAUCUCUUGACUGCCACUUUAUGGAGUAGCAUUAAGAUUUGGAGUUAUCUGACUAGCCAAACGCAUUUAUUGUAAAAAGGGGUUCACAUACUUUUGAUCAUGAAAUGUAUCUGCCUGCUGAAAAAAAAAAACAACUUGGACCAGCUUAAAGACUUGUUUAUAGAUUGGUAUUAGUGGUAUGUUACUCAACACAAGCUGAUUAAAAGGGUUAUUGUUGCCAAUAGACCAGGGGCCUGUACCAUGAAUCUGGAUUAGCUGGCUAGCCAGGUAAGUUUCAGGUUAGUUUGCACCAAUCCUGGGUUUUAGAUACCACGUAAGUGGUUUAGUUUUCAGCGGCAUUCAUUGCCAUAGUAACUUAUACUCCAUGGCUAACCUGCUCCGGGGCAGGUUAUGUUCUGGGUUAGAGACCUCAAACUGAAGUUGGACCAAUCAGAAGUGAGAGAAGUGACACAUGUCUGAAACAAAGUCACUCCCCCAGUUUAUCUUGCUCCAAAUUAAAGGUCACUAAUGCAAAAAUAAAAUAAAAUAGAAGAAGACCGGCUUUAAUGGUAAUUACGGAGUCAUUUUAUGAUUUAUAUAUUAUUAUUAUUUAUAUUUUACACACAAGCAAUUUUAGUUUAACAGUUAUUUUAAAUAAAUAUGAAUGUAUACAGAUCAUGUAAUAUAAAUAAGCUAUAUUAUCAAAAGAUUGCACUAUUUAAAAAAUAAAAAAUCUGACUUUACAUGUUUGAGUCUCUAUAACUAUAUAUUUUCUCGCUGGGUCUCUCGCGAGAAAUAAAUCAAACUUGGUUUGUGUUGCAAGGCUCGUGAUUGGCUGUUUGCCAGUGAUGUCACACAUUCAUGUGCACGCGCUCCACAAACUCAGGAUCAAAGCCUGAGUUGACAAAGUAAGUUGAUGAACAGCAUCAUGGUAUUAACAAAGCCGGAUUGGAGAGGUUUGGUUUUGUCAACUCAAAACUAAUCCUGUAACUCUGAAUUCAUUCAGCUACCGUCAUGGUACAGGCCCCAGCUUACAUGAGUGGUUAAGCUAAAACCAGCAUGAAACUGUCAAAACAUACCUUAUUUGUAACCAGGAAUGGUAAAAUCUGGUCAUUUAGUCUGGUCUAGGCUUUUAUCUAGCAGGUCUGAAUCUCACAAACUUGUCAAAUCUAACAAAAACCUUGGCUGUAUCCACAUUCACGCUGCACUUUAUAGGAUAAGAUUCAUUCACAUGAGAGUUUAGAUUAAUUUCAAGGGCCACUGACUCAGAUUUGUGGGUUUGUUUUUCAGUGACCUGAAAGAGAAAUGUCUAAGCUAUAUGCUGCUAACUGAUUACUGAAAACCAUUUAAAAUAAGAUUAAAGCAUAACAAGUUCGUAAGAAA